AUGCGUAUCAGCGUACCAAUUCAACCCCCAGCACUGGGGCCUCAAAAGUCAAAGGUUAUAAUUAUCAAAACUGCGGCCGAAGAGGGGAUGCUGAAGGAGGCUGUUGACCUGCCCCCCGCGCCACCCUGCGUAGCGCUCAAAGUUGUUUGCUCCCUGACCCUGCGAUGGCCUCUCUGCCGGAUUCUCGUCUGGCACCACACUGCCCCACGCAGCAUUUCCCCGCAGCUGCCGCCAAAUCUUGCAGUCGGCAGCCCCCCUCCCCCACUGAGGCCCCCGCAUGUGCACUGCGCUUCUACAGCGCGUGCGUGA